AUGGGCGCCCACACGAGCCCCAUCCAAGAUCUCAAUGUUUUCUUCAUGGCCUUCCUCUUUGGCCUGUGCAUCUACCUGGGGCGAAGUUACAUUCUGAAUGCCAUUCGAACGCGGCCGAUCUUUCGAUCAAUUCGCCCUCUCCUUUCGCAUCGGCACAGCCAAUUGGCCAGCAAGGGCUUCAAGGUAGCGCUCAUCGCUACGUUUGGCAUCGGCGCCUUUCUCGAGCUGUACUACUACUCGUGGUGCCCCGUCAGCAACUCCUACUAUCAGACCAAUCUCAUGAUCUCUCGCGAGAUCAUCACCACCCUCAACGAUCUCAACGCCGCCUACUGGCCUGACUUUGCCACCCUUUUGAACGUCGUCAGGAACGAGGAAGUGAAUCCUUGGGACCACGACGUAGACUUCUCCAUGCUCCAUCCAGGGGAUGAAAAGCUUGAGGAGCUGCUGGUGAUCUUUAGGAAGCAUCCCAAGCUCGAGGUGGCUUACUUCCCAGCUAGGGGUCUCAUUCAGUUAUGGGCACGGGGCAGUGGAGGUCCUUAUGGUCCGCAUGCCGACAUCUUCCUUUGGUCUGUCAAGAAACAGGUGGACACCAACGAGAGCUGGAUUCUGAACGACGACUACACGCUGCGAAUCACACGAAGGAAAUGGGAUGAGAUCUUUCCUCUUCGGACCGGCUCAUGGCUCGGCAAGAAUGUAACGGUUCCAAGAGACGCGCACGCACUAUGCCGAGCCGAGUAUGGCGAUGGUUAUACCACGCCCCGAUUGUACAGACUGGACUGUCUCGAGAACAUGCUCCACUUCCGCUUCCUGCCCGUCGCGGAGCCGGCGACGAAGACCGCCUAG